CGACGUUAGUCUAACGCGAGCCACGCCGAGAUUCGGAUAAUAUGAGUAUGUUUAAGGUGUCGAGCAAGAUUGUUCCGUCUUAUUAACGUUCUGUCACGUUAUUGACAUCGUUUAAUCCUUCUCUCUCUCUCUCUUUCUCUCCCACUCUCUCUCUCUCUCUCUUUCUCUCUGAAUAUUCGAUAACCUCGCGGAUAAUCCGCUCUUUGUAGGAUGUCAUGCAUGGAAAGUUAACGUAUAGUGUAAAUUAGCCAACGUUACUUACAAGUUUAAUACAUAUGAGACGUAAAAAGCGCGUAACGCUUAAUGAGCCCAGUGUGAUACGGGAGAGAGAGAAAGAGAGAGAGAGAGAUAGAAUCAUCCAGGGCGAUACUAGCGAAUUGCGUGGUGAAUAUCAUGAACUACGAACUCUUGGAGGAGCGAAGGCGUCACGAUAGAAGAGUACAAGUUGGAACGACGACGAGGUGGAAUCGAGAAUCGCGUGUACCGUGUCUUUUCUUCUUGACUUUGUUGUUAUUCUCAUUGAUUGUCGUGUUAUCGUCAUCCUCGCUGUAAUCCUUGCUGUCAACGUCGCUGUCAUCAUCUUGGUACACGUGAAAGAAGAGGUGCGUCGAGCGGCGAGGUGCGAAGUGCGCCGCGGGCAAGAAGCGCGCGUCUCGUGCUUGCGUUGAAAGAAUAUAAACGAGGGGUGGAAGUAAAAGUGGUGGAGGGAAAGGUGGAGGUGGAGGUGGUGGUGGAGGUGUAGGUGGAGGUGGAUGAUGAGCGCCAGAGAAAUCAUCCUCCUUGGCGGCUCCCCUUGGGGCUUCCGAAUGCACGGAGGAAGUGACCUGCACCAACCCUUACGAAUCUCCAGAGUAAAUCCGGGUAGCAAGGCAGCUCAGCAAGGAGCUAGAGAGGGUGACUUAAUUAGUAGCAUAAACGACAAAAGCACUCGGGAACUGACGAAUAGCGAGGCUCAUGCUUUACUACGUAAUGCCGGGGAUCAUUUGAAGCUGGGUUUGAAUCAAGAGAAUAUCGGCUCGCCGAAAAGAAGAAUUUAUAAAAGCAGUCUUCAAGAAAAUUUAUCGACCGAAACGUUAAAAAAAAUUACAACGAAGACGAUAACAACUUCGAACACACGGAUUAUAUCGACCGAAGCGAGAAAAAACGGUACAGAUGACACUAAAAACGAUGAAAGUUACGUUACUCAGAACGGUGGUUUGAAGAAUUCUACGAUAGAUCAACGUGUAGACACGAAGAAAGACCAGAUAAUAUCGUCAAGAAGAUAUCCAGGACCAGUUAAUAUCUCGGAUUUUUAUGGUCAAGUUUUAAAAUCUGGAAGGAUGAACCGUAAGAUCGAAGAUUUACCGUGGUUGGGUGUAUCGACUUCGAGGGAUCCAAGAUUGUUGGUAUGUUUAUCGCCAUCUCAACAAAAAACAUCGAUGCAAACGAGUGCAGACAGAUUACUCGAUCUUCAUACGAAAUUUGUUAAUCGUCGUAGUUACGACGAUGUAGAACCACAAAAAGUUUCACCUAUGAAUUAUCGUAUGGUAAUAAGAAACGAUGAUGAGUAUCAAGAUAAACCAUUGGGAUUGUUAAAUAUAAUCAAACAAAACUCAUCGAGAUCAGUUGAAUCGAAGAAUAAUCCGAGGGAUGUUGUUGAACGUGAAAUUUCUACUCCGUUGAAGAAAGUCGAAGGUCAAGAACGUCUGAAAGUCACUCGCUUAUGCGAUUGGAUGAAUUUAGCUAGAUACGAAUCGAACGAUAACGACCAACGAGAUUCGAGGAGGAAAGUACCCUCCUCGACGACUAUGAUGCCGAGUAGUAGCGGUGGUAUUCGCGGUCAGUAUGGUUUAACGAAAGAUUCGAGAACGUGGGACGGAUCGAUGGAUCUCUCGGCGAAAAAUCGAUCCUCCUCGAUGAACAACAAGUCUUCGAUUACAUUUAACAGCGCCAUUAUCGAUAAAAACCUCUCGCCGGAACUCGAUAAUAAAACACCAAUACCGAAAACACCACCGAAAAGAUUUAUCGAGCCACGAUACAACGUGAAUCCUGCAUUGAUCGAUGACAAAGUCGAAGUACCACCAAGAUCGAAGAGAAUCGUUACCGUGGAUAAAUCUUGUAUCGAUACCACGAGUAUUUUCGAUCAGAAUCCACCGAGGAAUCAUUUGGAGACGAGAAAAUGUCAUGACGAUAACGCGGAAACAUUGAAGAAGCACACAGCCACUGAAAUCGUGGGCAAUUUGAAGAGAUUACAGAAAGAAACUAUGGAACAAUUGGAUCAAGGUAAAAGAAAAUAUUCUUUACCUAAAGAAUAUUUCGAUCAACAAUUAAAUUAUAUCGAAUUAUUGGAGAAUCAAUUGAAAAAUGUUAUAUUAGCCGAGGAAGAGGAAAGAAAAGCUUUCGAUGAUUUUCAAUUUCACGUUGGAUCGAAAUUACGCGAGGAACCGAAAAAUAUCAAGAAAGAAACGAUAACGAAGAAACAAACGAAACCCGAUGACAGUGACAGUAGAAUCGAGAAGGAAUCGUGGCAAGAGAAAUCGCAAAAAGUUGAUCAAAAUCGUUCGGAAAGUUUUGAAAAAUCUGGUAAUCGUGACUUUUGUAAAACGAUUCAUGACGAAAAUGGUGUUCACGAGGAAGAAACUAGCGAAAAGAUCGAACGUAGCGAGCACAGAGUGAUUACUCAAAGAGGAGGAGGAGAAGGAGGAAGGGGGCCUGACUUUUUAAAGGAUAAGAACCAAUUUGAUUCUAAAGGGAAGAAUUUACCUGAGUGUCAAGUUGACAAAAAGGAUUUGACUAAAUUGAGGAAGAAUAAGAUCGACAAAUCGGAUUGCAGUGGGGCGAUGAGUGGGGAAGCUUUUCGUCAAAGAAUGUACGACGAGUACGUUAACAAAGUUCACGAAAGGGAAGAAAGGAAGCAUCAUAAGGUUGUAAAGAUCAGUUUGCACGACGAAAUAAAUAAAUCCGAAUCUAAAAUGAAAAACAUGAGUGCUAUGGAGAAGGAAUUUAUCGAAAAAGCAAAAAACAGAUUAAACAAAUUCGGUAUUAAGCUCGACGAGAGCGAAACAGAAUCUGAGAACGGUGUUGAGAAGAGUCAGGAGGAGGAGGAGGAGGUGGAUACAGUUGAGGCAAGAUGUUUGAUCGAUGGAAAGGAGAUAGGUGAUCGGAGAAAAUUACCAAAACAUCUACGAGAAUUCUUGAAGAUCUCGGUGAAGGAUAUCGAUCAGGAUGAUAAAACACGUGGCUAUCGUAUCGGUGGAGGUGGUAAAUACAAUGAAAACGAUCUGCUGCACGAAAUCGACAAAGCUUUGGUAAUCGGCAAAGGAUUUCUUCUUGGCCAAGAGAACGUUAUGUUCGCCCCAACGUUUAAAGCCUCUUCCUUACCAACGAAACCAGGAAUUUGGUCGCCAGGAAGCGAACCGCCGGCACCACCAAAAGAACCGAGUCCGGAUCGUAUAAAGGAUUCGCAAAAAGAUGGUGGAAUACCGCCAGUCUGGACGCCAUCCAGCGCAGGAACGAGUCCUGUGCCAGAGAGGAAAGAAUUUCGUCCGGUACAAUUCGAAAGUCCAAUUUUAAGUAGAAAGAAAAAGUCAGAAGAGGCCGAAGAGGAAGCUUCUCCACCUCCUUGGAAAAGCGAGGAAGAAAAGAAAGAGAUCACAACCGCCGAGAGCAGCUUUUCACAAAGUAGCAUAUCCACCACGUCGCGCAUUGUUAACUCUCAUUCCGCUCCGUCUCAAGGCUUGAACACGCUAGCUUCUACACCAAGAUUACCUAGAGCACAAAAUCCAACGAUCACGCUUCUACAAAAAGCUCGAGAGGGACAAUUGCCAAAGGGUGCAGCGUAUAUCGAAGAAAGUGAACCUCCUAGGGCUGGUCAUAACGAUGAGAAACCUUUGAUUAGUCCAGGAGAAAUAAUCUACACCGUGAAGAAAGAGUACGAAAGUGAGCCGGAAUCGGAGAACGAACCACCGAAAAAAAUGGCCGAUUUGGGUCCUAGAAAGUUCGAAGGUAUCGGGCCUACUACUAAAGAGGGUAUUCCUCUCGUUCUAAGAUCGGAAGUCAAGGAGAACAAUCAGACCAAGUGGUACAAGAAAAUGUACGAUUCACUUCAUCGUGCUGAGAAAGACGAGGACUACGUAACCAUUCGUUAUAAAUCCAGAAGAGGAGGAAGGUAUGGGUCUGGUAUUAGCAGCUCGGGAUAUUUGAGCGAACCCGAACCACGUGGUUACACCGAUCGAUCAGCUACUUUUGAUAGCCGUCGUCGGCUUAAAGGCAAAGAAAAUGAUUUUUCUACUUCGACUAUGCCUAGAAAAAAUGGAGCAUUGAAAUAUUCUUCGGACGUUUACAAGAAUCAGCCAGGACGGAUCGAGGAUUACGAACCAGGACGAUCAUCGAUCGCCGAUAAGGAGGCAAAAGAAUGGUGGGACGAGGUCAUGGACAUAUUUGACGGGUGGCUGGACGAAAACGGAUGUCUUCAGGAGAAUUAUCCAAAGGGUCAAGUUGGUGCUUGCGGACGUCCGAGUCAACAACGUGUAUUGAGCCUUUCCUACAGACCGGAACCUAGUCAGAACCAGUUCGAUCAACGUAAUGCUCAAGCAGGAAAACCUUACAUGUCUCAUGCUUUUAAGGAAUCAGGAUACGAAAGCGAUUCGACGUUGGUAUUUCGACGACGAGAGGACAUCAGUCCACUAAGUCUCUUGGAACAAAGAUUGGCUUACAAAAGCGUGCAAAGUGGCGGUGACGUGCCUCUACAUGGUCUUCGUAAACCAGCCCCAGAACGACCAAAGGAAUACUCGAACGCACCUCCGCCACCACCAAAGUCACAGCAUUGCAGAGACGAGCGUCAAGAAUCACCGAGACGCUAUGUGGAGGGUGAGGUGACGAUUCAUUAUCGUUCACCAGUACGCACAGAAGCCAAAGAACAAUUGAGCGAGGAAGAACUCGCAAGACGAAGCGCGGAAAACAUGCGACGCGUUUAUCAAGAAGAAAGACGUAGAAAAUAUCUUCAGGAAUUGCACGAUAUCGAUUCGAGAAGACACACUGACAAUUUCAUACCGUCACAAAAAUCUCCGAUUCCGUUGAAUCGUUAUGACGAUUUCGUGGAUGAUCUUAGUCACAGAAGCAGAUCGCAGGAACAAACUCCUGAGCCCCGAUUACUCGCAAGGGCACUUUACAAUUUCGUUGGACAAUCAUCUCGCGAAUUGACGUUUCGUCGUGGCGAUAUAAUAUUUGUCAGACGUCAGGUGGAUAAAAAUUGGUACGAGGGUGAACACAAUGCUAUGGUCGGUCUAUUUCCCUUCAAUUACGUCGAGAUUUUACCUUACGAUGGUAUAAGAACGACACCGAAGAAACCGUACGAAGGACAGGCUCGUGCAAAGUUCAAUUUUGUUGCUCAAACCAAUCUGGAAUUAUCAUUGGCCAAGGGAGAACUUGUUGUACUAACAAGAAGAGUCGACGAAAAUUGGUACGAAGGUCGUAUUGGUAACAGAAAAGGAAUAUUUCCUAUUUCUUACGUCGAAGUUAUAACCGAGCCUGGAGUGAGAUCAGAAACUCCGGUACAAAGCAAACCAAUCGCCUCUCCGGCAGCUCAUAGUCUUUUAGCCAAUGGCUCAGCUGGUGGAAAGAUGAGUAUGGGUCCUCAUCAUUACGUGCCGUCAAUACCAGUUAACAUGAACACAACCCAGCCCCAUUAUAAUUCACUGCCACGAAUGGGGGGAAGCAAGCUGCAGGUAUCUCAUAUCAACGAUCAAUUACACAUAGACACACACUCCGAACCAAUACCAUAUCGAGCCCUAUAUAACUAUAGACCACAAAACGAGGACGAAUUGGAAUUGAAAGAAGGUGACACGGUCUACGUAAUGGAAAAAUGUGACGAUGGGUGGUACGUUGGCUCCAGCCAGAGAACUGGCUAUUUUGGCACCUUCCCAGGCAACUACGUCGAAAGAUUAUGAAUUUGAGUAACGAGAGAGAGAAAGAGAGAGAGAGAGAGAGAGAGAAAGAGAGAGAGAGAGAGAGAGAACAUCAAGAGUUUCUAAUAACCAAAGAAAACCUGGCUAUUGUGUUGUAUUAAAAAAAUAAUUCUUGUUUUUUUUUUCUCUUUUUUUUCUUCUUCUUCUUCUUCUUGUUUAUUCGUUCCUCCCCGCUGAUUUAUAUUUUCCUUGGGCUCGCAAAAGAGUGUGGCAACGAUUAGAAAGAAAAUAAUUUUAUAAUAGAAAACAAAAUGGGAAGGAUAUAUUAGGAACGAAACAACAGUCUUCCUGAUUCCUCUCUUACGUUGUUUUAACGUUGUAUAUAAAUAGUGUUCUUCCUAUUCAAAUUGUUAGUCAAAAUUGUGAACUAAAGUUUAACGCGAGUCAGUUGUACGAGGGGGCAAUAAAUUUUUCAAGAGUAUAGAUAUUUAUAUAUAUCGAAGCCGUAACAAUCACGCAUACCUAUAGGAUUUGUAAUGUCCGAAUUUUACCAAAAAUUUACUAUCUUAGGGCCUAUUUAAAAAAAAAAAAAAAAAAAAAAAAAAAAAAAAAAAAAAAAAAAGGGCGUAAUGUGUAAGUAGUGUAUAAUAAUGAUUAAUAACGAUUUAAUAAUUUAUUAUCUCUUAUAUGAGAUACAUUAACGUUAUUCAAAAAUGUAUUUUGUUUUUUCUUUUUUUUUUAUUAUUUCACGAAUAGAACAAAAGAGAGUACGAAAGAGAAAUACAUAAUUCACUUUCGUUUAAUUCUACGAUAGAAGUGUUGGUUUGUUUUUUCUGUUUUUUUUUAUUUUUUGUUUUUUUACGAUACCAACUGACGAUAGAAUAGAAAUCGAAAGUGAUUCUCUUUCUAAUUAUUUUUUUUCUUUUUUAAUUUUUUUUUUUUUUUUUUUUAACGAACUAACUCGUCGCUAAGAACGAAAAUUUGGAAAUUAUAAGUCCGCGUAUUUUUAUCGAAACGAAGAGAGUUUCCGUCGAGCCUAUUACUACGUAGUAUACCGAAAUACGCGCAAGUAUCAAUCGACGAACGUGUUUCGUUGAUUUCAAGAAAAACGAAAAAAGAACAAAAAAAAACAAUACUUGCGCGAAAAUCGAGUUUUCCGAAUAUAUUAAUCUUAGAUUAAAAUUUAAACGAUAUUUUCAAUCUAACGAACGACACCGCGAAUUAUCGUCGAUUCUUUUUUCCACGAUGGUCUCUGUCGGGGAAAAUAAUAAUUAAAAAAAAAAAGAACGAAAAAAG